AUGGCACGUCGUCCAGCAUCAGCUUCGACAACCUGGUCUCAACAUACAUUUCGUUCGGUUGGACAUCAUGUUCCUCAUCGACAUAUACCUGUGAUAAAAGGUGAUAUUAACUUUGUCAAUACUGUAAAUGCGGAUGAAUCAACAUCAGAUGUUGAUAAUGCUGUUCCUUCGCAUUAUAUCAAGGAGAUUCUUGAUCGACUUGUUCAAUUUCCAAUCAAUUCCAUUGAUUAUGAAGAUGCACUUGAGUUCAUCUAUGAUCUUUUCUAUCUGCAUUCGCCCUACAAUCAAGAUGAUUCACGCAUUGCACGCUUACUGAUCGAAAGCGAUUAUUGUUCUACAAUGCGUCGUUGUUUAAUUGAAUUUAUGAAAAAUGGCAUCUUUAGCAAUCCAUCGAUCAGACGUUCUACACAAUUUAUUCUUUAUACAUUAUGGAAUUUCACUGGCGUUAGCAUCGAAUUUCGUCUUUAUCUAUCGAACCAUCAGAAUUUCGUCGAAUUUUUAAUUUGUGACCUGUUGAGUCAUGUCACAGCGUUGGACAACGAACAGUAUCCAGUAUCGAUCAUUAAUAAUCUAAUACAAUCAAUCAUUAGUAUUUUACAUAACAUAUCGUUGAAUAUAAAUCAUAUCAAUAUUGAACAAACGUUUCCUGUUAUAAAUCAACUUCAUCUUCAACAAGAAACAAAGAAAUCGAAUGAACGUUUUCGAAUCACGUUACUUCUUUGCUUAAUUCAUCUUAAUCCACAGGAAGUUUAUAAAAACUUGGAGAUUUAUCAAACUGCAUUCAAAUUACUAUUUCAUUUCUUUAAAAAGAUUGUUCAACAAGAAAUUCUGAUGAUCAGCACCGGUUUGUCAGCAUGGAUUAUUGCUUAUGCGCUCAAUAAACUUCCUGUUGAUCUUAUUCUUCAAGAUGACAAUCGGUUCUACUCAUUCAUGGUCUUAUUCAAACGCGGAAUGCGCGAAGAAAAAUUACAGGCAUGUCUAACAAUCCACCGCUGUAUACAAAAGUCUCCGCACGCGAAAGAACUUCUGGAAAAAGAUCUUUCAUGUUCGAGUUUAUUCCAACAAUUCAAAGUCUUUCUCGACGAUGAACAAAUUAAUUGA